ACAGAGCCAUUCAGCAUGCAGCUGUCUCAACUGAGUGGGGGUGUGGCUCCUUCAGCCAGUGGAGCAGCAGCAGCAGCAGUCGGAGGAACAGGGACUGUUACGAGUGGAGCAGUCGGAAUGACAAACAAGCCUCUGCCUCUGAACCAGCGGCUUCAGCUCCAGCGUGAACCCUGGUUCCACGGCGCCAUAAGCAGGAAGGAGGCGGAGAUGCUGCUACGGCAGGACGGGGACUUCCUGGUGCGGGAGUCUCAGGGCACAGUGGGCCAGUAUGUCUUGACGGGGAUGCAGAACAACACCAAGAAGCACCUUCUCCUUGUGGACCCUGAGGGAGUGGUGAGGACCAAAUCACGCACCUUUGAUAGUGUGAGUCAUCUCAUCAUCUACCACCGGGACUACGAGCUGCCCAUUGUGUCUGCCGAGUCAGCACUCCUCCUGCGCAACCCAGUCCUAAGACACCCCCGCUAGGCCUCAGGGUUCAGUGGAGGGGCUAUGGGCUGGGAGGAGGGUGUGGGGGAUCAGAGGAUCCCCACCCCAUCCACCCACCUCCCCAGGCCAGUCCGUUUAGGUGUUUCGUCGCACAAGUACCAUAACUUAUAUUUUGUACCAGUUAGUGCAGUGUUAAUGUCUGUGACUCUAUGGUCCAGGGGAGUGUGGGGGAGGGUGAGUCAGGGUGUGUGGGGGGAGGGGAAGGGAGGGAGGGGGAGUCCUAGGGUAGGGUGGAGUGUAGGAGUCUGUGUUCCUCUGUAGUACAAAGAAGUAAGUUUGGUUGGUGGCUUAUCUGUGUGUGUGUUUGUGAUCUGUGUGUGCAAUGGUGUGCACAUGCUGCCUUUCUUCAUGAUACUCACUCUCUAACUUCCCAACACACACACACACACACACACACACACACACACACACACACACACACACACACACACACACACACACACACACACACACACACACACACACACACACACAC